AUGCCGCCCAAAGAUGCCAAGAACAAGAAGAAGAAGCCGCCAUCCUCGCCCAAGUUGUCGGCCAAGACUUCGCCGACCUUGAAGCCCAAAGCAUCUCCGAAGAUCGGUCCCAAAUCCCACCCGAAGAAGAGGAAACAUGACGACGACAUCCAUGCGGAAGAUCCGAAACCUGCCGCGAAAAAGAAGAAGGCACCAGCGGACGGCCAGGACUCGCCAUCAUCCCUUGCUGUCUGUCAAGUUUCUGAUAUCAAAGAUAUAUCAGAAGCAAGUCGUGCGGCACUGCUCACAAAAAGCAUCACGAUGUUGUUCGAGAUUCAGCAGAAGGCUUUCAGCCCAUGCUUCAAAGGUCUAGAUGUGGUUGGUCGUGCCAAAACCGGAUGUGGCAAGACUUUGGCAUUCGUGUUGCCGGUCGUGGAACGGCUUCGUGACUUCUCCAAGUCAGCUUGCAAGAAGGCACCUUUGUGCACAACUAUCGCACCAACCCGUGAGCUUGCUAGACAGAUCUUUAAUGACUUUGAGCUGUUGGGCAAAGCAUCCGGCCUCGUUGUGAAGUGCUUCUACGGCGGAACGCCUUUCGGGCCACAGUGCGAGGAUCUCCGCAACGGCGUCCAUGUGCUUGUUUGCACACCUGGACGGCUGCUCGACCACGUUCGCCGCAGCAGCGUCAGCUUGUCAAAUUGCAAGACGUUGAUACUGGAUGAAGCAGACGAGAUGUUGUCGAUGGGCUUUCAGGAAGACAUAGAUGCGAUUUUGGAUGCAUUGCCCAAGACGGGUUGUCAGAAGCUGCUCUUUUCGGCGACACUGCCAACAUGGGUGAAUGCCAUCGUUGAGAAGCAUUUGACCACCCCCACAUGGAUUGAUGUAGCAAACGAUCCACAGGGCAACAAAACCAACAGCUUGAUCAAGCAUCAAUGCGUGCAGUGUGCGCCUGCUCUGAAGGGUGACUGCAUCGGUGACCUUUGCAAGAUCCAUGCCGGAGCAUUCGGGAAGACGAUUGUCUUCGUGAACACCAAGAAGGAAUGCGACGAGCUUGCUGGAAAUGACAAGCUACAAGCCAUUGGUGCCGGUGUUUUACAUGGUGAUAUCCCUCAACAUGCCCGUGAGAAGACGAUGGAUGGAUUUCGAUCGGGCAAAAUCCGAUGUCUAGUGGCUACGGAUGUGGCUGCGAGAGGCAUAGAUGUCCCUGCUGUGGAUUUGGUUGUUCAGACGCGGCCCCCUCAAGACUUCGAGGCUUACGUGCACCGCUCAGGCCGUACUGGCCGAGCAGGCAGGAAAGGUACCUCUGUGACUUUCUAUUCAAGGAAUGAGGAGUAUCUCAUCAAGCUCAUUGAACACAAGAAGGGGAUCAAGAUGCAACGGGUGGGGCCACCCCAAGCCAGAGAUGUAGUGGCCGCCGCUGCGGAGGAUGCCGUGCGUCAACUCGACACUGUCCAUCAGGCCAGUGUGGAGGCAUUUACAGACAAGGCCCGAGAGUUGAUAGAAGAACGUGGCGCCGAAGUUGUGUUGGCAGCGUCGAUGGCAGCACUCACCGGCCAUUUCCGCGAACUCAAGGGCCGCUCGCUUCUUUCGUCCUAUGAGGGUCAGACGGCCCUUCUCUUGCAGUCUGAGCGAAUCAUCGAGACUGAUUCCAAGGGAUGGUAUCUCCUCCGGCAGAUGCUACCUCGAGAGGUGGCAGAAGCUUGCCGUGGAUGCAAGCGAUGCAAGGAUGAGAAGAUGUGCAUCUUCGACGCUCCGGAUCACAUCGUGCCCAUGAUUCUGGAGGCUACUCUCUGGAAGGGCAACACUAUCACAGUGGCCCGGGAACUGCCGGAGCUUCUUGAGGCCGAAACGGAUAUCUACGAGGCGAACCAGAGGCUCAAGGAGUCAAAGCAGCGCUUCUGGGAGCGAAGGAAGGGCGGUGGUAAGGAUGGACGCGGCGGAGGCGGAGGCGGAGGCCGUGGGCGAGGAGACGGCGGUGGCAAGGGCGGCAGAGGCAAAGGUGGCGGAGCCGGACGUGGCAAGGGCCAGUCUGGACGGGGAGGACGUGGACGAGGGACCUCCUAG